AUGGCGACUGGCCGAAUCAAUGUAGCUCCAAUGGCGCCAUUUGAUCCUAUGUCCGAUCCAAACUCUCUCAGUCAGCGCUGGAAAAGUGGAAACGACGAUUUGAAACAUAUCUUGUUGCUCUGAAUGUGACUGAAAAGAAACAAAAGCGGGCUCUCUUGUUGUACCAAGCUGGCCAAGAGACUCAGGAUAUUUUUGAUACCCUUGUUGACAUCGGCGAAGACGACGACUAUGAUUCCGCUAUCGCUGCCCUCGAUACGUAUUUUUCACCUAAAAAACAUGUCGAUUUUGAAAUUUUUAAGUUUCGUGAAGCCAAACAACAACCACAUGAAACAAUCGAUCAGUUUUCAACUCGUCUUAGGAAGCUGGCGGCAACCUGUGACUUCGAAAAUAUCGACAAGGAAGUAAAAUCGGCCAUAAUUCAAAACUGUUUAUCGAAACGUCUACGACGCUACGCCCUGCUUGACUCGGAAGUUACGCUAGCCAAGAUUCUCGCAAAAGGCAGAGCUUUUGAACUCAGUGAAUCGCAGGCAACCGGCAUUGAAAACGCACUUGACUCAACACAUAUUUCUGACGAAGUAGUUGAAGCUGUCCAUCCUACAACGAAACAUAACAACCAUCGUGAUAAACAACAUACAUCGUUUCACCGCCAAGACUUUUACACCUCAUCAGAGUGUCGGAAUUGUGGGGGGCCCUGGCCCCAUAACAACAAUAUUUGUCCCGCGAAAGGAAAAUCUUGUCUGAACUGUGGAAAAUCAAACCAUUUUGCGAAAGUCUGUCGUAGUGCUCGCAAGGUUCGCGUCGGUCAACAAGAGAAUCGAAGGCCUUCAAAAAAAUACCACAAAAACAAAGUUCACAAGAUUUAUGGCACACCCUCCAGCAGUGAAAGCAGUAGCGAGGAUGAAUUCAUUUUUACUCCGAAACCGACAUGUAGAGACAAAACAACUCCACAGGUUCAAAUCUCGGUCAACACCACCCACCCCUAUCAACAUGGUUAUCGACACUGGUGCUUCCAUCGACAUCAUCGAUGA